UCCAAAAUGUUCGGAAAUUUUCAAUUAUGGAAUUUUAAAAUUGAAUCAAAAUUUAAUAACAAGCAGAUUUGAACUUGUAAAACGUUCAUUGAUGAUUGAAUCGUUUCAUGCUCAAAAAACGACAACCAUCGGAUCGGAUUCAGAGCGGCAAAAAUUUAUUGAAAUUUAUUCACAUCCAUUUGUUGGUACCCGUGAAAAUUGGGAAGAAGAACGAUUUCUGCAAAGAAUUCAUAAAGCUGGUCCAAGAGAACGACUUAAACGUCGUCAUCCAUUAGAUAAUCGACCACAAAUGCGUGGUGUUGUAUUGAAAACAUUGAUUCGUAAACCGAAAAAACCAAAUUCAGCUAAUCGUAAAUGUGUAUUAGUACGGCUAACAAAUGGAAAAGAAAUAACAGCAUUUGUACCUGGUGAAGGUCAUAAUCUACAAGAACAUAGUGUUGUUUUAUUACAAAAAAAACGUGUUCGUGAUGUUCCCGGUUUGAAAAUUCGUGUUAUUCGUGGUGCAUAUGAUUGUGCUCAUGUUACUAAAAAUAAAUAAAUAAUUAAUUACCGAAAAAAUUGAAAAACAACAACCUUUACAUUGUUUAGCAUCGAUUAUAAUUAGCAUUAAAA